AUGGACACGACUGAAGACCAGCAGACCACCACCGCACCGAGCCCUGACCAUGAAGAGCUCCCAAGGUGGCGCCUUCAAGAAGAAAGCGACGCCGAUGCGCUGCCGCCGCCCAAUCCGGAGAUUUUGGGCUUUCGCCCGGGACCAAGAGGCGAAGGGCCGGGUGUAGGUCUCGAUGUUGUCCACAAGAAGGAGAACGGCGCCAUGGGCGUCGCCAACAUCGUGACCGGCCUCGCUGAACGGGAGAACCAAAGGGCACCCAAAUCCCGGCCGGUCGUGGAGAACAAAGCACCAGGAGGCCACCACCUACAGAUCGAAACCAUACUCGCUGUCGCCUCGCAGCCCGGCGCAGCCAAGGACGGCACCCCGCAGCGCCAACGCCACCCCCCUGUCGAAGAGGAGGGGGCGCCCCCUCCAGCAGUGGCCGCCGCCACCCACGACACCCGCAGAUCGACUAGAUCGGACGCGCCCGACCUAGCCCACGCCACCACCAGAUCGGCCUCGCAGCCGAGCCCGCGCCGCCGCCUUCCAGCACAGCAGCUACCAGAUCCGCGCGUCCCCGCCACCGGAGAGCUCGCCGGACCCCCCCCCCCCGCGCGAGCGGCUAACCCGCGCUGUCGGGAUCCCGACAGGGGAUGGAGGGGAGAAGCCCCGCCGCCGCCAGCACCGCACGGGCUUUGCCCGGCGGACGCCCUCAGGCAGCGGCGAGGAGGAGGGGACGGGGGGAGGGGCCUCUCGUCGGCGGCGGAGAUGGGGCUCCCGUGA